AUGUUCUCCAUCUCGCGGUCGAUUGCCCGGGGCGUCGCCCGCCCGGGCGUGUCCUCGGCCCUCUUCCGUUCGGGCUCUGCCACUGCCUUCCGCGCGUACUCUUCUCUCGACGUGUCGGCCACUCUGAAGACCAACGUCGACACCACUUCGGACGUCUUUGCCGAGAAUGAUACUCGCAUGCGCUCCCUCGUGGCCGAUCUCAAGGCCAAGGUGGCCCAGUUUUCCCUCGGUGGCGGGGAGACUUCCCGCGCUCGUCAUACCUCCCGCGGCAAGCUCCUCCCUCGCGAGCGUGUUCGCCAGCUCCUGGACCCGGGCUCGCCCUUCCUGGAGUUCUCCCAGUUCGCCGGCUACCAAAUGUAUCCAGAUGAUGUUCCCUGCGCUGGCAUCAUCACCGUCGACUCCGGUGGUGCCAACCUCCCCAACCAGGCGGACGUCUUCCCCGACAAGGAGCACUUCGGCCGGAUUUUCUACAACCAGGCUACCAUGUCCGCGGCCGGCAUUCCGCAGAUUGCCGUGGUCAUGGGCUCCUGCACGGCCGGUGGUGCGUACGUCCCGGCGAUGGCCGACGAGUCGAUCAUCGUCGCCAACCAGGGCACCAUCUUCCUGGGCGGUCCGCCGCUGGUGCGCGCGGCCACUGGUGAGGUGGUCUCCGCCGAGGAUCUGGGCGGUGCCGACGUGCACACCCGCGUGUCUGGUGUGGCCGACCACAUGGCCGUGGACGAUGCCCACGCGCUGGCCCUCACGCGCCGGCUCUUCCUGAACCUGAACCAGCGCCCGGGGGCGGACAUUCGCACCCGGCUGCCGGUGCGCGAGCCGAUCUACAACCCCGAGGAGAUGUACGGCAUUGUCGGCGACAACCUGCGCCGGCCGUUCGACGUGCGCGAGGUCAUCGCCCGCAUUGUCGAUGGCUCGGAGUUCGACGAGUUCAAGGCCCGGUAUGGCACCACCCUGGUGACUGGCUUUGCUCACCUCCAUGGCUACCCGGUCGGUAUUGUGGCCAACAAUGGCAUCCUCUUCGGCGAGUCGGCCGUCAAGGGUGCCCACUUCAUCGAGCUCUGCGCCCAGCGCAAGAUCCCCCUCAUCUUCCUUCAGAACAUCACCGGCUUCAUGGUUGGCCAGUCCUACGAGCAUGGCGGUAUCGCCAAGCACGGUGCCAAGCUGGUGAAUGCGGUGGCUUGCGCGAAUGUGCCGAAGUUCACCGUGGUCAUCGGUGGCAGCUUCGGUGCCGGCAACUACGGCAUGUGCGGCCGUGCUUACGGCCCUCGGCAGAUGUGGAUGUGGCCGAACUCUCGCAUUUCGGUCAUGGGUGGCGAGCAGGCCGCUGGCGUGUUGACCACCGUGGCCCGCGACCAAGCCGAGCGCUCUGGCAAGGAGUUCUCCACCGAGCGCGAGCGCUCCAUCGCCGAGCCGAUCCUUGCCCAGUACGAGCAUGAGGGCCAUCCUUACUUCUCCAGUGCCCGCCUCUGGGACGAUGGCAUCAUCGACCCGGUGGACACCCGCACCGUGCUUGGCCUUGGUCUGAGCGCCGCCAUGAACCAGCCCUUCGACAAGGAGGAUACCCGCUUCGGUGUCUUCCGCAUGUAA